AUGGAAGGCGUGAGGGGCUAUGCAGACUCCGGAAAGUUCAAUAUAGCCCUCUAUGGCAGAGUAGUUGAGGCGCUUCUGGGCACCAAUGCCUCGGCAGAUGCACUGAGCUACCUGAUCACGGCUUUCCUACCCUACUCGGAUGUCAGGUUCUACACCCUCAGGUCAGUGGCAAAGCUUGCGGAGGACAGCGCGAGUGGGAUGGCAACCACAAUGGAAGACACUGAGGAUGGAGAGACUGCCUUGGCACAGCGCUUGCUGUUGGGGAACAUUGCAGGGCCUUCUCACAAGGUGGCUGCACUGGAUUUGGCUCGCUCUGCAUAUGAUGUGCUGGCCAACAUCCAUCCAGGGGCUGAGGUAGAUGCACAGCACUCCUGGUCCGGAGCAGAUGCAGCAGCUGCCAAGGGGCAGUCAGAGAAUGCGCAGAAGCGGCGCAAGCGCAAACGGCUGGAGGGCGAGGAGGGAACGGUGAAUGGAGGCAAUGGCGCCAAGCCUGUGAAGUGGGCCAGCCACGUUCUGCAGAGGCGUGCCUGGUCCAAGGCCUGGCUGGCGCUGCUGCGCCUCCCUCUGCCACAAGACAUCCUGAAGAAGGCAAGAAUUCUCUUUUUCCAGGAUGCCAUGUGUCUCGGUAGGGUCGUGCUGGUGAAGAUGCAUGGCGACAUCAUGCCCCACCUGACCAACCCGCACCUUCUGACUGACUUCCUGAGCGCCACGCUGGACAUUGGUGGCCUGCACGGCAUCCUGGCGCUGCACGGCAUCUUCACUCUGGUUACUAAGCAUGGCCUGGAGUACCCCAAUUUCUACCGCCGCCUGUACAACCUGCUCACGCCUGCGGCCCUCAUGGCAAAGCAGCGUGUGCGGUUCUUCCAGCUCGCAGACGUGUUCCUGUCCUCGGGCAUGGUGCCCGCCUACACUGCUGCCGCCUUCGCCAAGCGCUUUGCCAGGCUGGCGCUGAUGUCAUCGCCAGCAGGCGCCAUGAUCGCCAUCGCGUUUGUGCACAACCUGCUCCGGAGGCAUCCCUCCUGCAACGUUCUGCUGCACAAGCCUCAGUCGCCUGCUGCCGCGCCAGCCGCAACAUCCGCUGCUCAGGCUGCCUCUGGCGCUGCAGCCAGUGUCAAUGGGACAGCAGAAGCAAUUUCACAGAACGGGCAUGCUAAUGGUGGAUUUGAGUCAGCUCCAAACGGUCAGCCCGACGCAAGCGUGCAGCGCGUGAGCAGUGCACUUGAGCGGGAGUCAGGGCAGGACCCCUAUGAAUUUGGGGAGGAGGACCCAGCAGAGAGCAGAGCGAUAGAGAGCUCUCUGUGGGAACUGGACAGCCUGCGCAACCACUACUGCCCCCAGGUAGCUGCUUUUGCAGCAGUGCUGGACAAGGAUUUGACUGACAGAAGGAAGACCGCUGAGGUGGACCUGGGGCCGCUGCUGACAGGAUCUUACUCAUCCCUUGUCAACACUGAGCUGGCUCGCCGGCUGAAGCAGGUUCCUGUCGCUUUCUACCCCGCCAAGCUGACUGGCCUCAUUGACGUGGCGAAGGUGGAGGGAAGCUUUCAGAUGGACAUCCCCGGUACAGUCUCAGAUCAGGCAGCUGCUCCCAGUGCGGCCGCUGGAGCAGACCUGGCAGCAGCCCCCGGUCUGGUUGCAGGGCACCUGCUCGCAGACAACGGUGAGCAGCUGCCCGGAUACCCUGCAGACCCACAGGCAGCUGCAGCUCCCGGUCAGGUGGCGGCAGCUCCGGCUGGUGCGCAGGGAGAUGCAAAAGCAGAUCUGCUGUUUGUCCAGCAGGCCACAAUGGCGCAGCUGGUGUUCGAUGACCCCGACACUGCCACCGAUCAUGCCCGCCUUCUGCUGCACGGAGUGUCGCCUUCAACAACAUGGUUUACAGACAAGCCCAUCCGGCGCGCGGGUGCAUUUGAGACGGCCUACUUUGCAUCCAGCGACACUUUUGAUGAGAAUGGCAUCUGGCUGGGGGCGCCCAACGCUGCCCUCACGGGCACCCACGAUGGGCAGCCCUAUGUUGUCAUUGUCACCCUCUACAACCCAACCUAUGACAACCAGACACACAUACUCCAGUACCACGCAAGCUUGAUGAUUAAUGAGACGGAGAAGAACAUGCGCUUGGCUGGAGGCGCAGUGUCUUUCCAGGCAAAUCAUGCCGUUGAUGAGCUUGGCGCGCUGCGCUAUGUCUCCUCAGGGCAGGAUGCAUUCACGCUGCACAAUGCGGCCCUGUUUAUUGACGACUACCUGGGUGCCUACCCCAACGGCAUCUGCCUGUCCUCCUUCGUGAGCUGCCCGUCCUACUAUGGCUUCUACCGACGAGGCUGGUGGGGCGGCGGUUACGGGCCGGGGUUCAGCAACUACAUCGGCAUCCGGCGGCUGUGCCCCAAGUGCUGGGAGAAGCGGCGCGCAGACGACAGCGACGAUGAAGUGCCGCCGCCACCUCAGCAGACACCUUCCCCCUCCCCUCCGCCCUCCAAGGACUGGGACAAGCAGAACGACUGGAAGAAGGACAAUAACAAGUGGAGCCCCUCGCCCAAGCAGGAGUGGAAAUCGGAUCAGAGCUGGAGCCCCAGCCCCAACUGGAGCCCCAGCCCCAGUUGGAGCCCUUCGCCCAAGCAGGAUUGGAGUCCCAGCCCAGCCUGGAGUCCGUCACCAAAACAGGACUGGAGCCCUUCACCGCAGCAGCAGUGGAGCCCCAGCCCAAGUGCGCGCCCGCCCAGACCACAGCCCAUCGCCGCAGCAGCAGUGGAGUCCCUCGCCUUCCCCAGCCCAGAGCCAGUCCAGCCCCAGCCCGCCUCCGAGCACGGGGGGCGCCUAUCACUGCACGGGAUGCUCACAGGGCGACGGCAAGUUCUUCUGUCAGAAGUGCGAAUACUGGUAGGCGCGGGUUGAGGCAUGUGCCAAGUGAUUCAUGCCUCUCAAUUUUGCUGGGAUUUGAUCUGAAGAAUACUCAAGCUUGUAUCAAGAUGUCUCGUUGAACGCAUUAAGAAGACACCGCUGAUGUUGCAGAGAGCUUGUAGAUAUGACGCAACGCCAGUCAAAGGCAUUGACAUAUAAUUUGCAGGUGUGAGGGCCUGUGUAUUGAUCCAUACUUUGCUCUGACAUUGCUGACUGCCUGUGACCAUCAUUCAAGAUACUAAGAACCGCAGAUCGUGUCCUUCUUAUCUGGCAGCUGUGUUGCAAGUGAAAGUCAAAGUGGCAUUUGGCCUGUACUUGCAUGCACCAUAUGCAUCCUACCCGGUAUUGCAGCUGGCGCAAUUUGACCCCUGAUGGCCCCAAGCAGCAAUGAAGAUUGCAACUUCCAGAUUGCCUUGGGAGAAUGGCACUGCUGGACGAUCUUGGUGCCGUCAUAAUAAGGGAAAAUAUAAUGACCAGUGAUCACUGGCAGUGGAGUCAAAAAAUGGUGCAUGUAAACAAUAUUGC